GACGAAUCUCUCAAUCAGUUUGAAAAUCAAGCAGUUCCCGAGAGGAUCGAAGGCACUAACCUGAAAAGGAUCUAUAUAAAAACGAAAAACCACUAUUAUCCAGCACAGCACAAGUUAUUAACAAGCGAUCGCGCCGCGAAAUUCCACUUGUUUAUAUAAUAAUCGGCGGCUGCCAAGAGCCCAACGGAAUAUACAAAAGAAAAAUACAAAAAAAAAAAUUCAUUCAUUUCGUUCAUUUUUCAGGCCACAAGAAAAGCAAAAGAAAAAAAAAACCGAGCAUUUCUGCGUGUUAUAUGUGUUAUUGUUUGUGAUCAGUGAUCAGUGGAUCCAGUGGAACGAACCAAGUGAAAGUGAACACACACAGAAACGAUAAAAGCUAAAGUGAAAAGGAUAAACUGCAAUCGCAUCGUGUAGGAAUUCGAAGUCAGAACCAUGUCGGACAUUGAGGAUGUUUUCGGAGGCUCCGCCGAGGAGACCAAACCCGAAACCGAAGCUAAACCCGAUGCUGAUGCCGAGAGCAAGACCAGCGUGGUCACCGAAAGGACCGAGGAGGUGAUUCCCGGCGAGACCGAGAAAAUGGUCACCGAGACCAUCGACGAGGACGGUGAUGUUGUGGAGGAGACCACCGAAGUAACCCGCAAAACUGUGAAGCGCACCAUGAAGAUCACUGAGACUUCAGCCACCACAAAGACAACAACUCUCACCACUCCGGCCAAGUUAUAUGGCAAGGAUCUGAGUGAGUAUGAUGAUGUGGAUGUGGAGAGCCUGCUGGCCCAGCUCUCGCCCGAGGAGAUAACCAUACUGGCCAAAGAAGUUGAUCCCGAUGACAACUUCCUGCCGCCAGAUCAGCGCUGCGGUUAUGAGUGCACCAAGGAAGCCACCGGACCGCUGAAUCGCAAGCAGCUAAUCGAGCACAUCAAUAAGCAGGCUAUCGAGACUCCGGAUGAGCCGGAAUUCGAGCCUUUUGUGCAGGGCAAGGUGCGCGGCAAGAAGUGGGUGCCACCGCCAAGGGAUGCCCGCGAGAUCGAGGCCGAGGAACAAAUCGCCAUCGAUAUGGGCGAGGAGUAUGAGCAUGCUCUGAACGAUGCCACGCAGGAGGAGAUUAUCGAUUUGGCUGCCAUUCUGGGCUUCCACUCGAUGAUGAACCAGGACCAGUACCACGCCUCGUUGCUCAACAAGGGCCAGCCUGUGGGCCUGGGCUGGGAUGGCAUCACAAAGUCCACCCAGCAGAAGCUCUUCCCCAUGGAUCCGCCCAACAGCACAGAUGUGGAGGAGUCCAUUAAGCGGGUCAAGGACGAUGACUCCAAGCUGAUUGACCUCAACUUGAACAACAUUAAGAACAUCUCGGACGAGAAGCUCGAACAAUUGUUUGCCGCACUGCCUCAGAACGAACAUCUGGAAGUCCUCUCGCUGACAAAUGUCGGCCUCACCGACAAGACAGCCCUCCUGCUGGCCGAGGCCAUUGAGAAGAGCAAAACCCUGAGAGUAUUAAAUGUUGAGACCAACUUCAUCAGUCCGCCUGUGAUUGUUAAGCUGGUGCAAGCCCUGCUCAAGUGCCACACCAUUGAGGAGUUCAGGGCCUCCAAUCAGCGAUCUGCGGUGCUGGGCAACAAGAUCGAGAUGGAGAUCACCGACUUGGUGGAGAAGAACUCGUCGCUGCUGCGUCUUGGUUUGCAUCUGGAGUUCAACGACGCCCGCCACCGAGUGGCCGCGCAUUUGCAGCGCAACAUCGACAGAAUCUUCCGCGUUCAGAAACUCAAGCCCAAUCUGCCAAAGCUGAUCCUGCCCGGCAACAUGGAGAUUGAGCGGGAUCUGGUGUCCUAUCACCGUUCGGCUACACCCUCUCCAUCGCCAUCACCAUCGCCCCAGCCACGGGCGGACUACGAAGUGGAAGAGGAUCCCGAUAAUAUGGUAAUCCGUGGCGGCGGCGAAGCCUUCGAUCCGGAAUUCGACCCGGACAACAUGGUGGUGCCGGGCAGUCGCUCUGUGACACCCAACUACGAUGAUGAGGGCGUCUACCAAGCGCACAUUAAGAAAAGAUCUUGAGUUGCGACUGCAGUUCAGAUUUUUCAAUAAUCUGCAUAGAAAGUCGACAAGAAUUCAAUAAGCGCAGACCAGAAAGCAAAGCAACUAAAACUAAACCAUUUUUAAAGCGUUUUGUAAUCUAAAACCCAAGAAACCGAAGAAAAAACAAAAAACAGAAGCACAUAACAACGAAAGAACGUGUAUAUUAUAAUAUGUCUAUAUGAAAAGAAGAAGGAAGCAGGAGCAGAAGUUUAAGCUAAAGAUAUAAUAAUGCAGCCACCGAGCUAGCCACAUAACUAUCUAUCUAUAACUCUAGAGAGACUUAACUAAGCAAGAAGCAAACUGAAACCAAAAGAGAAACGAAGUGAAAAUAUCAAAUAUAAUAUAUAUAUAUAUACAUAUACCAAAAAACAUAUCUAUAUCGAUAAAGCGCAGAUCGAACCCCCUCACGAGCACUUGUACAGGUGUGGAGUGAGUUGUGUUCGGAGUCGAGGCCCCUUCUAUAUAAUCCAGCAGAAAUCGUUUUUAGGCGUGUCACGUGUAUAAUUAUCUAUAACGCUUAACACAGGAAUUAAACUGCGAUGUAUGAUCUGAGAGAGUCCUCCCCCAGAUCCGAGUGUCAAAAGUAGAGCGAUAGUAGAAGGAACCCAUCAUAACAAGCAUAGAUUUUGUGAUUCAAUAAGACCAACCAUCAACUAAUAACAGCAGCAGCAGAGCAGCACCAACACCAUCGAUAAGAAGAGCCAUGAAAACUACACAUAGUUAUAAAUAAUACAGAUAUCGAAAAAAUGUGUAGUGCAGAGUUCGGCGCAGAUGAACAACCAUACGUGUGAAACGCCUGAACCAGCGUAAAUAAAAAGACAAACAAAUAAAUAAAUAAAACAAAAAG